CGCACAGAGCGCAGAGAGGCGCCCCACCAUCGUCUUUGCGUCAGCCGUCCUCACACAACACAGCACCAGCCCUCGCAGCAUCCGCAUCUCACGGCCGGGAGGACCAGGAGCACAUCUUCAUCAUUCCACAACUGCGGACCACCGUCUACACACCGCCGACACCAGGCGUAUUCAUCCAUCGUUUGCCUCUUGCCUCGGCUCGGAUUAUACUUUGUCGUAUUUCUAAUUCUCCGAGAUGCUUUUAUGUUUUGUUCGCGUUUUAUAAGGAAAACACGGAUUCAGGACGGGAAGCAUCAUCUCUACGGCGCAAUUCAUUUCUCAUACAGCCUGAGAUCUGUGGCCAUCUGGAGGUGCAGACAGGGAGCUGAAAAACAACAGAGACUGUUUUGGUUGGGGUGGUCAUUAUCCCAGCAGAGAGCAGUUAUUAGGACAAUCUCCUCCAAGGCUUUAGAUGCCCAGUGGCUGCCUGUAGCCCAGGACCCCCAGCUCCCAGAAGCACUGAGGUUUUGAGACCCUCAGGAAGUCCCCUGGCAGACAUCAUUCGAACCCAGUGCGGCUAAAGCCCCUGGACACCCCUCCACACUCACAAUGGGAACCGUGCUGUCUUUGUCACCUAGCUACAGAAAGGCGGCUCUCUUUGAGGAUGGACCGGCCACUGUGGGCCACUACACAGCUGUUCAGAACAGCAAGAAUGCCAAAGACAAGAACCUGAAGCGCCACUCGCUCAUCAAUGUGCUCCCAUGGAAGCGGAUUGUAGCAGUGUCAGCCAAGAAGAAAGGCUCCAAGAAGGUGCAGCCUAAUGGCACCUACCAGAACAAUGUCACCCACUUGAACAAUGAAAACCUGAAGAAGUCGCAGUCAUGCGCCAACCUGUCCACCUUCAACCAGGAUCAGAGCACUCCAGCGGUCACCAAGAACUCAAACAACACAGCAUCGUCUGUCAAGAAGGCCCCACUGAUCAGCUCCAAUGUGGCCCCUGGGACUCCAAAAAGAGUUAUUGUUCAGGCCUCCACCAGUGAGUUGCUGCGCUGCCUCGGGGAGUUUCUUUGCCGGCGUUGUUACCGGCUGAAACACCUGUCGCCUACCGACCCAGUGCUGUGGCUGCGCAGUGUGGACCGCUCCCUGCUGCUCCAAGGAUGGCAGGACCAGGGAUUCAUCACCCCCGCCAACGUGGUCUUUGUCUACAUGCUGUGCCGUGACGUGGUCUCCUCUGAGGUGGCCACGGAGCAUGAGUUGCAAGCCGUGCUGCUCACCUGCCUCUACUUGUCUUACUCCUACAUGGGCAAUGAGAUCUCCUACCCUCUCAAGCCCUUCUUGGUGGAAAGCUCCAAGGAGACCUUCUGGGACCGCUGCCUGUCUAUCAUCAACCUGAUGAGUGCAAAGAUGCUGCAGAUCAACUCCGACCCGCACUACUUCACUCAGGUGUUUGCUGACCUGAAGAACGAGAGCCAGAAGGAGGAGGAGAGGAGCCGCCUGCUCAUUGGCCUGGACCGGAGGGUGAGGGCCAUCGCCUGACUGGCUUUCUUCAUGCAUCAUGGAUGAACAGACAUCCCAGGCUGCAAACCCUGGCUCUCAGAAUGCCAACACCCACAUCCCCUCCAUUCAUACGGAUACGAAUGGACACUUUUUCUGCAAUGCAUAUCUGACUAUCUAUGGGAAGAACAGCAGGGGGGCCACCAGUGCUGGAUCCAUAUUUUUGUGGCUUUCUGUUUGUGGCUCUGCAUCAGAACAACAGUUGACUGGAUGGACAAUGAGAAAACAUGUGGGACUUUUGAUUAAUUAAAACAUGACAGCCAGAGGAUGUAUGGCCAGUGAUAAGUGGUCAUAUUGUGUUUGUUCAGAAAAACUGACUUUAUAUUCAUCUAGACAAAGAUAAAACAAGUUAAUGGAUGUUUGACUCCCCAAAGGCUUAAACCUAUGGGGGUUUAUUCAUUGCUUUUCUGAAACAGGCUUUCUUGUUUUUAUUUAUUUAUUUAUUUUUUACUUAGAAAUGUAAUGUUUUGCACGUGUGCCAUGAAUUUAUCAGAGUUCCCGGGAGGGCAGGAGCAAUUUUCCUUCAUUUUCUUUUUUACUUGAUUUGUAAACUAACUGCAUCUGCAUUAGGGAAUGCUGUGAACAAAGUGACAUUAGUUUAUUUAGCUGUGCUUGCUAAAAUAGGCUAUUUGUUUACCAGGGAAAUUCUUUUUGUACUUUUGUCAGUAGGUUGUGUUGCAACCACUAUGGAAUGAUGUUUGAUUUUGUGCUUAUGAUUCAGCAUAGAAAAUGUUAAAACCGUGCCAUAUCUUCAAUGAAAAUUCCACAGAUCUGAGAACAUGGAAUACUCUACUGUCUGUCCAGUUGUUGAAUGAUGGGGUGGAUUUUCAUCUGCUAAGAACUGCUCACUCACACCUAAUAUAUUCCUAUUUACAUAUGUAUUAUUUAGGCACAUUUAAUGUAAAUGAAAAUCAUGAUGAGAAACGCUGAGAAGGGAAGGAAUGAAGAGGGCAGGUUUCUGGUGUAGCCGGUGUGAUUACUUUUGGUGGGAAUGAUGAUUGAUCUGGUUUAUGCAAAUUAAAGUUGCAGGGAUUUAUCACUAUCUAAUUAAAGGCCCCUCAACCAAAACCAAUGUUAAAUCUGACCAUCACCAAAGUGACAUCAUCAAGGACACCCUGACAGAACAAACCAUCCUUUUACUUUUUGUUCAGUAUGAGGAGCUAACCCGGCCUGCUGUCUCGCAUAUCACAAAGAGAAAGUACACACGUUUUUCAAGGGAAAUAAAUGAACUGUGGUACUUGUUCAUCAUCACUGCAGAAAGCCCAGCUUACCUUGGAGAUAAUCCAUCAGCAUCUGUUCUGUGCAAAUCAAAUGUGAGGUGACAAACAGGCUGGAGGAGAUGAGGUGACCUUGACAGGAAUAAUUACAUUUUCAAACAGAGAAACCACAAGACUAAAAUAACAUGCUGCAGUGUGCAAUGGGAAUACCAUGGCAACCAAACCAGAAAACAUGCAUAACAACCAAGAUAUGUGGCUUUUCAUUUUCAUAAGAGAAUUGCUGAAGCGAUACUCAACAGCUCUUCGCUGCCUCCAGUGACUGCAAUCACUGGAUAAGCUACAGUAUUUCCACGCAGAAAUGUAAGAGAAGUUUAUUUACGGGUUUUAAAAUCUCAUUUCAAUACAAAGUGUGUGCACUCUUUUCUUUGCAGCAGUGUUCUGAAAAUCUGUGCACUGGUAAUGCCAACAAGAGGCUUCUGCCAUGUUUAAAAGUUGUUCCCAGAGAACUGAAGGUCUCUCCGCUGCUUUGUUAGUGUGAAUGAGAGAAAAUGAGCAGCUCAGAUUGUCACAGCCUGUAGCCUUCUCAGCCGUGGGACUGGGGCUGUCAUAUGGAGUUAGAUCAGUGAGACCGUUAAUUUGGAGUGUUUGUUCCAGCACAACAGGGGGACAUGCCCUUUGAACGGGCUUCUGCUCUGGCAGAAAACAACGGGGCACUAGGGUAAAAAGCCUCAAACGAGGACCCUGAAUCAUUUUCUCCCUGUCCACCUGUCCUGACUCACUUGAAAUGUGCCAUUAUUUCCCACUUUGCAUUAUUGAGUAGUUGUUUGAAAAAUACUUUUAAAAGCUUCUAAAAUAUGAAAAAAGACUCAAGUGAUAGUUAAUGAUUUCUGUCCAAUUCUUUUCUGUAUCUUGUUGCGUACUUUGUAGAUUAAAAAAAAAGAAACAGUGGUUAAGAACUUCAUAAAGAGAGGCUUUUGGUGGCUGCAUGUGUGUGUGUGUGUGUGUGUGCGUGCGUGUGUGUGUGAGAAAGACAGUGUUUUAAUUGUACAGAAGAAUGUUUAUGUGUUUUCUUAUUGGACCAGGAGCACACACCAACGCCACUGGUAUUAGAACUAGAGAAGUUAGUUUUUCUUUGGUGGGGUGGUGGGAUUGAUGCUGUUCAAUAAAAAUGUUCUUUUUUGAAAAAAGACAAAAAAAGUUGUUGCUGUAAUUCAACCUUUUUCAGUUAUUUUCUGCUUAUUUUAACUUAUUUUUGUACUGUGAUGGAAAAUAAAAUGCACUGAUUGUUCAAGGCCAUCACUUGUCUUUUUACAACUCCAGCUGUGGACUGAUGUGCACACACUUAUCUGCCCUGGCAAUCAGCAUCUCUUUUUUAAAAAAAAACAUAACUUUACACAGGACGUUUCAGUGAGAAACAUCCGCAGUUACAGAUGUGUUGGCCAUGGACAGUCACUGGAGUUUGACAGUUAACAGGGUUAAUAGCCUUACUCACCUCUCUAUGGUUGUAAUGAGGGAAUGAGACUUUCCAGAUUUUUUCCCUGGACUGGGAAUAAAACUUGGAACCCUCUGGUCACAGCAGUUGUAAUUGGCUAGUAAUUGAUUGGUUAGUGGUUUGAGUGUCAAAAUGUCCUUGAAAAAUAAUGCUGAACCCCAGAUAGACUGCUCCUAUUGCGAGUGUCUGUUUGGAAGAACUGUAGGUCACUUCAGACAAAAAUAAUUCUCCUAAUAAUUAUGUUAUUCAAUUCAAAUAUGGAGUUUACAGUGGCCCAUUAGUUAAACAUGCUAAAUAAAAC